AGCAUGCAGUCUCAAUUAUCUUCACAACAAGUGCAAGUCUCUCCCUCAUCCUCUCUUUUCGAACUGAACUGCAUCUGCAAGAGAGGACAUGAAUUCCGCGACGACCUUUCAUUUCAAAAUCUUGGAAUGCUGCUAUGCAGCCAUUGUGCCAAAGACCCAUUUCAUGACCUCUUUUCCUCAGCCCUCUCCCACAAAGCUAAUCCACUUGUCGUCAUCCAGGACUUUGCGCUUCAGGUUUGUCCCACUUGUUGCAGAAGCUUCAGAGUGGGCGCCUGAUGAGAUUGAACUCGAAGAGGAUGAUGAUGUUGAUGAAGAAGGAGGAUUCGAUGAGGCUAAUACUUCCGCGCCGUUUACGUGGGCAGGCAAUGAGGAGUCUCUGGAUUCUGGAGGGAAAAGUGAGGAGGCAGGGGACCCCGACCCCGAGGAGGCCAAGCUUUUCGUUGGAAACUUGCCUUACAAUGUUGAUAGCGAACAGUUAGCUCAACUCUUUGAAAAGGCUGGCGUUGUGGAAGUCUCUGAGGUGAUAUAUAAUAGACAAACAGAUCAAAGUCGAGGUUUUGGAUUUGUGACAAUGAGCAGUGUGGAAGAAGCAGAGAAGGCAGUAGAGAUGUUCAAUGGCUUUGAGAUAGAAGGAAGACUGUUAACAGUCAAUAAGGCAGCUCCUAGAGGUUCUCCGCCAGAAAGGGUUCCUAGAGCGUAUGAGGCUGAGCCCGCCUUCAAAAUGUACGUAGGGAACCUUCCAUGGCAAGUGGACGACGAUCGGCUGGAGCAGGUUUUCAGCGAGCAUGGCAAGGUGGUGAAUGCCCGGGUAAUAUAUGAUCGGGAAACAGGGCGAUCGCGUGGUUUUGGUUUCGUCACAAUGGCUCAAGAGGCUGAAGUUAAUGACGCCAUAGCAGCUCUUGAUGGACAGAAUUUGGAUGGAAGGGCAAUUAGAGUUAAUGUUGCUGAGGAGAGACCACGACGAAGCUUCUGAUUCAGAGCUACUGCCUCAGUUUGAACAUAUCUAUUGAAGUACUGCUACUUAUUGACUAAGUUGCAUUUUUACAAAGCUCCUACACGCUUAAAAGAAACUAUUUUCACAUGACUGAAUGAAUGAAUUCUUCUGUUCAAUGA